CAUAACGCUUCUAGUGGAACCCCGCCAUUAGGUAGCCUGAUCGGGGGGUUGUCCGGACGUUAAAAUUCAACUUCGAAAGCUUCCAGCUUCACUUACAUCAUACCAUUCAUUCUCUAGUUCUACCUACCCCCCAUCUCCUAAUGUAUCUACCACCCAUUUUCGCCCGCACGCUUGUGUUGAGUUACGGAAACCUACGCCAGUGCCGCUGUGCUUGAAAGGAUACUCUCAGCACAAAACCCUCGAAGGGAAUUGAUGAGUUACCCUAUUCAACACUGCCAUCAAGGGCCCCAGACACAUGUUCCUCCCAACCAGCGUCGCUCGAGCGCAGACCCACGCCCUUCGCUCCCUUCGCUUCAAAGCCGCCUCAUUCUUCCUCCAAGCUCCCUCGUCUACUUAUUCGACAACUUCAACGUCAACGAUAUCCUUGCCGUCUUCUCCCAGCACUGCACAUGUAGCGCCGCAACAAAACCUCACGCCGAUAUGGUUCAAUUCCUCUUUCCCGCUAUACGACAUUGCCCCGUCGGGCCCAUCGUCGGCCAAAAGCUCACGCCAACCAGAAGACGAGCGUAAAAUAAAGCUUGGGAGAACCCUGCGUAUACUCCAAGAGCGACUGCCUACCUUACUACAGUCUCCGCUACCACAGGAGAUCCUAUCCCCUCAUAUCUCGCUCCACCUAUUCCCCUCCACAUACCCAUACCUCCCCACGGUAUCGGGCAGAGUCGCCUACAUGGCAGCGUUGUGGACAUCCCCAUUAGCGUGGAAUCGAGUUCCUAUCGUCGGCAACGUGAAGCUAGAGAUUUUAUCGGAGCGCAUGGUCAACGAUCCGUUACACUUCUCGCCCAGGCGUUCCGAGGCGUACGGCGAACAGCUGGUCGUCAAAUGGAGGACAGCAGACAGCAAAUCUAAGGACCGGGACCCUCUCGUGACCGAGGAGGGGGAGCAGAAACUGGACGGGACCCUCAGAGGCACGCAGGCCAUCGGGGAGAAGAAAGCAUUCACCGGCCUGUUCCUUUUCGAGUUUGACAAGGAAGGGAGGAUCAUAAGCCACACCAUCGAGCAUGUAGAUGAGCACGGAGAGUGGGAGAAAGGCGUAGGAGCUAGGGUUGUCGGCCUCACAGAUUGGCUCCUGGGAGGCAUAAAAGGCCGGACGGAGGGUGGUGCUCCCGCCUUAUGCAGGGUCUCAGGAAAAGGGGGCAAAUAUACACGAUAGAGAAGGCCGAAUAGAUGUGAUAAAGCUGUUAAGAUAUGCUAAGGAGUGUUCGGCUGAGUCAUAAUCGUCGUGGUACAUACAUGUAUCAUAGGAAAAGUUCUGGGACUAACUAGGCCCAACC